UUCUUCAGCAAGUGAUUUGCUGACAGACGUCUCCCUUCAGUUUGCGUGUGUCUUGAAAUUUAGAUGUCUGUGAAAAGGUUUGUUUUCUGCCAAAACUGGCUCUGUGCGCAUCAUUUGGACACAUCUCCUGGACAUUUUACGCGUGGAAAUGGAUUGUCUUCGGGCGCAGCUGCCAGAGUAGGUGUGAUAAUUGGAUACGAAUCUCGCGAUGAUCAAACCAAUUAGCAGACCUGCAAUGAAGCUUCUUUGUCCGCCGAGGGAGUUUACACUCAGAGCUGGGCUCCAGUCAGAAUGAGUGAGCAUCAGACGUACGUGAAGCUCAGUGAAGAGAAACUUAUAUCAAAGUCUGACAUCUUGUCACUGCUAAGGACCUACAACUGUUAUCAUGAAGGGAAAAACUUCCAGCUGAGGACUCGAGAGGAGGAUGGAGAGUUCAUCCUUGAGGGGUUACUGAACAUCUACUGGGGUCUACGCCGACCAAUCAGACUUCAGAUGUAUGAUGACAAUGAAAGAUUCCGUAUUAACAGGAACGACAGAUCUGCUGUGGCAAAGCAGUUAUCGCCAGAGUCUAAUAAUAAUUCACUGAGCAAAGAAACGGGACCAGCUGAUGGUGAAGUGGGAGGUCAGGAGGAAGAAGAUUCUCCUCAGCUGUUGAGGACCAGGAGCGACGCUUCCUUCAUGCAGAUUCAGAGGAGGUCAAAGACGCACACUGCCGGAGACUUGCAGCGCUUGCGCACACACAGGUUUUCGAUCAACGGACACUUCUACAACCACAAGACAUCUGUAUUUACUCCAGGCUACGGUUCAGUCACUAAUGUACGAGUAAACAGCUCCAUGACAACCGGACAAGUCCUCAACCUGCUGCUGCACAAGUUUAGAGUCGAGAAUAAAUCUGAAGAGUUUGUCCUUUAUAUGGUGCACGAGUCUGGUGAGAGAACACGACUGAGAGAUGAUGAAUACCCGCUGGUGACCCGUGUGCUUUACGGACCCUGUGAGAAAAUCUCAAAGAUCCUCAUCACGGAGGCCGACCUGGGAGAGGAAGUCACAUAUGAUGUUGCCCAAUACAUAAAGUUUGAGAUUCCUGUUUUAGACAGCUUUGUGGAGAAGCUUAAAGAGGAAGAGGAACGUGAGAUAAACAAACUAACCAAAAAGUACAGUGCUCUGAGGGCCAUGAUUCAACACCAGCUCGAAGGGAGGGCUCACACCAGUGACAGAGUAUGAGUGUUUGUGCGUGUGUGUGCACUGAAGUAACCUCAGUGUGUGUGUGUGUGUGUGUGUGUGAGUGAGGGAAAGCGGUGUGUCCAACACUAAUGACUGUUGAUUUGCGAUGGGAACAUUUCCAAAUGCUGUUGCGAAUGUACAGGUAAAGGCAAAAAGUAAAGGCUGCAAAGAACCAUAUCACACACCAAUGUGCUUCUAACUUACAGAAUUACAUAUCUCAACAGUUUGUAUGAUCUGUUUUGUUAAUGUUAUUAUUAUGAAGUGUAUCACUGCUUUGAUAUUUCUGCUAUUAAUAUAUUUGCAUUUUGUAUGACAGUUCUUACUGCAAAUGAAUAUUUAUACAAGCUGUUUUUCAUAAUGUUUUCUCUGACCUUUUUAAUGUAAUAAAGUUUUAGUGUGGCCUA